UAGAAAACCAUGAACUACGUAGAGAACUUGCUAAUUUACGCGCGAAAUCUCUCGCCGUUUUAUAUCUUCAGUAUGGUAAUAUCGGUAUGUGUUGUGCUGUUGACGGCAUAUCUCGGAUUCACUGGAUGUAGCGCAACGUUGGAUAAUGAAGAACGGAACGAGGAGCUGCACCGGGGCAGGAGGAGUUCCACCAACAAAACUGAUCGUCAUAAGAAACAAACUGUACAACCAAACAGGGAUUCUGACCAGUCAGAUGAUUCGUCGGAAGAUAGCAGCAAUGAAAGCGAACAAAAGGAGCAGGAAAGCGAAGACGAAGCCACCCGACAACUGCAUAUUGAAUCUUUGGGCCAGUUAAAAUCAGCCAAACUUAAGUCGAUCGAAAAGUCACUGACCGAUGAACAAAGGCAAGCGGAAAAGGAGAUUGAACGGGCCCAGCUGGCAGCUAUUUUUGAACUGUUGAAAAAGCAAGCUGAUAGUUCAAAUUUAAACGAAGAUGAUUUAAAAGAGCAGCUUAGCCUGUAUCGCUAACAAGUAGCGUGCGAUUAGUUUUAGAUUUAAAAAGAUAUUUUUGAUGUGCUAGUCA